CUGCAAGUGAGCCUUCAACAACAUAAAGGCAAAGGUAUCCCCCCUCCUCCACCUCGUUCUUUCUCUCUGCUUCCCCUGCUGUCGCCUUGCAGACCCGUUAGAUAUGGAGGGACGGCGGGUCAUAAGUAGGACUUCAUCACCUGGGCCAAAAGUAGGAGUUAUUAGUGCUCUACUAGGCUGCUGGCUCUUAGUAAUCCCUACCUUGUGCAGUGGGCAGACUUUCACUAGUUUCCACCCUGAACGUCGUGAGUGGGCCUUCAACCACCUGACUGUCCACCAAACCACAGGAGCGUUGUACAUUGGAGCGGUCAACCGAGUUUACAAGCUCUCAGGCAACCUGACGCUGCUGGUUUCCCAUGACACAGGCCCUGAGGAUGACAACAAGGCUUGUUACCCCCCUCUAAUUGUCCAGCCCUGUACCGAGCCCCUUGUCUCCACCAACAACGUCAACAAGCUUCUGCUCAUUGAUUACUCCCAGAAUCGGCUACUAGCCUGUGGCAGCCUCUACCAGGGCGUCUGUAAACUCCUCAGACUGGAUGACCUCUUUAUCCUGGUGGAGCCCUCUCAUAAGAAAGAGCACUACCUCUCCAGUGUCAACCAGACUGGGACCAUGUACGGGGUUAUCGUGCCCUCACACGGCCAGGAUGGCACCCUAUUUAUAGGCACAGCGGUGGAUGGCAAACAAGACUACUUUCCAACCAUCUCCAGUCGAAAGCUGCCUCGUGACCCAGAAUCUUCUGCUAUGCUAGAUUAUGAAUUGCACACGGACUUUGUGUCCUCCCUCAUCAAGAUACCGUCAGACACACUGGCACUGGUGUCCCACUUUGACAUCUACUAUGUCUACGGCUUUGCCAGCGGCAGCUUUGUCUACUUCCUCACUGUCCAGCCUGAGACGCCAGAGAACAGCAUGUCAUCUGGUGGCUCCACCAGUGACCUCUUCUACACCUCUCGUAUCGUACGCCUCUGCAAGGAUGACCGCAAGUUUCACUCCUACGUUUCUCUGCCCGUUGGCUGCGUGAAGAAUGGCAUAGAGUACCGGCUGCUGCAGGCCGCCUACCUGGGCAAGCCAGGCCGAGUUCUCGCUGCUUCGCUCAACAUCAGCGCCCAGGAUGAUGUGCUGUUCACCAUCUUCUCCAAGGGCCAGAAGCAGUUUCACCGCCCGCCCGAUGAUUCAGCACUCUGCGUCUUCACUAUCAGAGACAUCAAUGCACGGAUCAAGGAGCGCCUGCAGUCCUGCUACCAGGGAGAGGGAAACCUGGAGCUCAACUGGCUGCUCGGGAAAGACGUGCAGUGUACCAAAGCGCCGGUACCUAUUGAUGACUCCUUCUGUGGUCUGGACAUCAACCAGCCACUCGGAGGUUCUCAGCUGGUGACCGGCCACACUCUCUACACCGAGACCCGUGACCGGAUGACCUCCGUGACCUCCUAUGUGUACAACGGCUACUGUGUGGCCUUUGUGGGUACCAAGAGUGGACGCCUGAAGAAGAUACGUGUCGACGGGCCUCCUCACGGUGGGGUCCAGUAUGAGACGAUAUCAGUCAUCAAGGACGGCAGCCCCGUCCUCCGCGACAUGGCCUUCUCCCUGGACCGCAACUACCUCUACGUCAUGUCCGAGAGACAGGUGACCCAAGUUCCCAUCGAAUCAUGUGAGCAGUACGGGACAUGUGGAGAAUGCCUGAGCUCGGGAGACCCACACUGCGGCUGGUGUGUCCUGCACAACAUCUGCUCCCAGAGGAACCGGUGUGAGCGCGCUGACGAGCCUUACCGUUUCGCCGCCUCUCUCAACCAGUGUGUGAAGGCCACUGUGUACCCAGACAGCAUUGCAGUGUCAGAGCCCAGCGUACCUCUGCUGGUGAAGGUUAGUGACGUUCCAGACCUUUCUGCGGGCAUCACCUGCUCUUUUGGCAACCUUACGGAGGUGGAGGGCCAGGUCAGUGGCAACCAGAUACUCUGUGUGUCUCCUGCUGCCAAGGACGUCCCACUCAUCCCCACCGACCAAGACUGGUCGGGUGUGGAGCUGAGGCUCAACUCUAAGGAGACUGGUCAAAUGCUUAUCAGCACCGAGGUCAAGUUUUACAACUGCAGCGUCCACCAACUGUGUCUGUCAUGCGUGAACAGUGCCUUCCGUUGCCACUGGUGCAAAUACCGCAACUUGUGUACCCACGACCCGUCCAGCUGUUCCUUCCAGGAGGGACGAGUCAACACCUCUGAGGACUGUCCCCAGCUGGUGCGCUCUGAGGAGAUCCUCAUCCCAGCGGGGGAGGUGAAGCCGAUCACCCUGAAGGCCAGGAACCUUCCUCAACCCCAGUCCGGCCAGCGGGGCUACGAGUGCGUCCUCCACAUCCAGGGGGUCAGCCACCGAGUCACUGCCCUGCGCUUCAACAGCUCCAGCGUCCAGUGCCAGAACAGCUCGUAUCUGUACGAGGGCAUGAAAAUCAGCGAGCUGCCAGUUGAUUUCUCGGUGGUAUGGAACGGCAACUUCAUUAUUGAUAACCCAGAGAAUAUCCAAGUGCACCUGUACAAGUGUGCGGCGCAGCGGGACAGCUGCGGCAUGUGUCUCAAGGCGGAGAGAAAGUUCCGGUGUGGCUGGUGCAGCGGAGAGGGACGGUGCACCCUGAGGCACCACUGCCCUCCUAUCAACCCCUACACCACCCGCUGGCUGGACCUGUCCAGCAAGGACGUGAAGUGUACCAACCCACGCAUCACCGAGGUCACUCCAGUGGCAGGACCUCCAGAGGGAGGGACGCGGGUGACCAUCCACGGCAUGAACCUCGGUCUGGCCUUCUCAGACAUGGUGGGCAACGUGGAGGUGGCAGGAGUAAGGUGCACUCCAGUAGAGGACGGUUAUAUCAUCGCUGAACAGAUUGUGUGUGAGAUGGAUGCGGCGCCUGCGGAUAGCAAGCCCGGUCCGGUCCAGCUGUGUGUCGGACAGUGCAGACCCGAACUCAAGACUCGCUCCUCACAGCUCUACUCCUUUGUGAUGCCGUCAGUCACAGGUCUGUCCCCAAACAGAGGUCCAGAGUCUGGCGGCACCAAAGUCACCAUAAUGGGAGAAAACCUCGGCGCCGGCAGCAGCGUCAACGUCCAGUUUGGAAACCAGACAUGCGAGUUCUAUGGGCGGACCAUGACGGAGAUAGUGUGCUACUCUGCCCCCUCCAUGUCAGGGGUCGGCCCGGUGCAGAUAAGCGUGAGCGUGGACCGCGCCCAGGUCAGAGAGAGCCUGAGCUUCGAGUACAUAGAGGACCCCACCGUUCAGCGCAUUGAGCCAGAGUGGAGCAUUGCCAGUGGCCACACCCCCCUGAUGGUGACUGGGACCAAUCUGGACGUGGUUCAGGAGCCCAGGAUUCGAGUCAAGUAUGCCGGGCGUGAGUCUGUCAACGUGUGUAAAGUAUUGAACACCACCAGUAUGAGCUGCUUCGCCCCCUCCCUCAUGGCAGAGUACCGUCCCGGUCUGGACACGGUGAAGCACGCGGACGAAUUUGGGUUCAUUUUCAACAAUGUCCAGGCGCUGCUGGUCUACAACAACACCAACUUUCUGUACUACCCCAACCCUUACUUUGAGCCCCUCAGCACCAACGGAGUCUUGGAGCAAAAACCGGGAUCACCCAUCAUUCUCAAGGGCAGAAACCUGGUUCCCCCAGCAUCAGGUGGGGUGAAACUUAACUACACGGUGCUGAUAGGAGAGACCCCCUGCUCUGUCACCGUGUCUGAGAGCCAGCUGCUGUGUGAGCCGCCCAACCUCACCGGACAGUACAAAGUCAUGGUCCAGGUCGGUGGUCUUCACGUCUCUCCGGGUGCCGUCCACAUCCUGUCUGACAGCCUGCUGACUCUGCCAGCCAUUGUUAGCAUCGCUGCCGGCGGAGGCCUCCUCCUCAUCAUCGUCAUCCUCGUCCUAAUUGCCUACAAGCGCAAGUCACGGGAGAAUGACCUCACCCUAAAGCGUCUGCAGAUGCAGAUGGACAACCUGGAGUCGCGAGUCGCCUUAGAGUGCAAGGAAGCCUUUGCCGAGCUGCAGACUGACAUCAACGAGCUGACCAGUGACCUGGACAGAGCCGGUAUUCCUCAUCUGGACUACAGAACGUAUGCCAUGAGGGUCCUCUUCCCCGGCAUAGAGGAUCAUCCUGUCCUCCGAGAGCUGGAGGUGUCUGGAAAUGGCCAGCUGAAUGUGGAGAAGGCCCUGAAACUGUUUGGCCAGCUCAUCAACAACAAAGUGUUCCUGCUCACCUUCAUCCGAACGCUGGAGAUGCAGCGCUCUUUCUCCAUGAGGGACCGUGGCAACGUGGCCUCGCUCAUCAUGACAGCCCUGCAGGGACGAUUGGAGUACGCUACCGACGUCCUCAAACACCUGCUGUCAGAUCUCAUUGACCGCAACUUGGAAAGCAAGAACCACCCCAAACUGCUGCUGCGCAGAACGGAGUCAGUUGCAGAGAAGAUGCUGACUAACUGGUUCGCCUUCCUUCUUCACAAAUUUCUUAAGGAGUGUGCGGGAGAGCCUCUGUUCAUGCUGUACUGCGCCAUCAAGCAGCAGAUGGAGAAGGGACCCAUCGACGCCAUCACUGGAGAGGCCCGCUACUCCCUGAGUGAAGACAAGCUCAUCCGCCAGCAGAUCGAGUACAAAACCCUGAUCCUGAACUGUGUGAACCCGGACAACGAGAACAGCCCGGAAAUCCCGGUCAAGGUGUUGAACUGUGACACCAUCACCCAGGUGAAGGAGAAGAUCCUGGACGCCGUUUACAAGAACAUGCCCUACUCUCAGCGGCCCCGCGCCGUCGACAUGGACCUGGAGUGGCGUCAGGGGCGAAUGGCUCGCGUGGUGCUGCAGGAUGAAGACAUCACCACCAAGAUUGAGAACGACUGGAAGAGACUAAAUACACUCAUGCACUACCAGGUGUCAGAUCGCUGUGUGGUGGCUUUGGUGCCCAAACAGACCUCAUCGUAUAAUAUUCCUCCCUCAGCCAGCAUAUCACGCACCUCCAUCAGCAGAUAUGACUCUUCAUUCCGCUACACAGGCAGUCCCGACAGCCUCCGUUCGCGUGCGCCCAUGAUCACCCCUGACCUGGAAAGUGGGGUGAAGGUGUGGCACCUGGUGAAGAACCACGAACAUGGAGACCAGAAGGAGGGAGACCGCGGUAGCAAAAUGGUCUCUGAGAUCUACCUGACCAGGCUGCUAGCGACCAAGGGAACACUACAGAAGUUUGUCGACGACCUCUUUGAGACGUUGUUCAGCACUGUUCACCGGGGGAGCGCUCUUCCCCUGGCCAUCAAGUACAUGUUUGAUUUCCUGGAUGAACAGGCAGACAGACAUGGCAUCCACGACACAGAUGUGCGUCACACAUGGAAGAGCAACUGCCUGCCAUUGCGUUUCUGGGUGAACGUGAUCAAGAACCCCCAGUUUGUGUUUGACAUCCACAAGAGCAGCAUCACAGACGCCUGUCUGUCUGUCGUGGCUCAGACCUUCAUGGAUUCCUGCUCCACAUCAGAACACCGCCUGGGAAAAGACUCCCCGUCAAAUAAGCUGCUCUACGCUAAAGAUAUCCCCAACUACAAGAGCUGGGUGGAGAGGUACUACGCUGACAUCAACCGUCUGCCAGCCAUUAGCGACCAGGACAUGAAUGCCUACUUGGCAGAGCAGGCCAGGCUCCACUCCACCGAGUUCAACAUGCUCAGCGCCCUCAAUGAGAUCUACUCCUAUGUCAGCAAGUACAGCGAGGAGAUCACAGCAGCCCUGGAGCAGGACGAACAGGCGAAGAAACAGAGGCUGGCCUACAAGGUGGAGCAGCUAAUUGCAGCCAUGUCCCUGGAGAGCUGAGAACAAGCCCAGUGGAGGGAGAGGGAGAGAGAGAGAGUGAGGACCACAGCCUCCACAGGACCACCCAAAGGCCCCGCAUUACUUACCUCUCACCGUGGGAACCAGAACCACGGACCAGACCUGGGACCUCGAUAUCCACAGUCGGACAGACAUACAACUGCUUUAGUUUUUAAUCCUCCGUCCCCCUGCCAUGAAAGCACCAGCUAAGGGCCCACAGACUGAGAAAGAGUCCCUGCAGCUGGAGCUGCUGCUGGCACGAGGAAGGAGGGGACUUCAGCCCUGCGCAUGCGGGGAAGGCAACAACAUGGCUUCUAUAUAUUAUUUUUUUCAAAGGAUACGUUCAGUUUGACAGGAAAGUGUGUGUGUGUGCGUGUGCGUGUGUGUGUGCGUCAUACUUAAGAAGGCUGCUGCGAGACUGUAAAAGCAAAUGGAAGAUAGAGAGGCCGAUUUUUUUUCUCUCUCUCUGUCAGAAACUCACAUCUGAGUGAGAAAUAGAGACAAACACAGAGCAGGAAAGAAACGCCUCUCAUGUCUGACAGCUGAGCUAUUGUUGCUGAGUUUGCAUUCAGAUUUCUUAAAUUUUAUUUUUGUACGUGUACAUUUGAAUCUUAUCAGUUGCAGUUGAAACACGCCCGCCCCGGGUUCCACAAGCAUUGUUGUAUAAAGACGCUGUAUAACGCCGUGUCAUGGUGGCGCGGUGACGACACAGGCAUGGUCCAUGUCUUCUCUCGCUCCCUCCGUCUUCGGACAUGACCACAGGCUACAGACUGAUGCUUCGCGUGACACGGACAAAACCUCUGCUCCUUAUCCAAUCAGAAGUGUACAGGAAAUCAUGAAAUUUGUCCUCAUCGUCUAAGAGUCAAUGGAACUCCACCCGUGGCGUUCAAAGUUCAACCAGCAUGCUUGCACCUACACUGAGGAUGACGGAGAUGAAAUCUAUCGUGUAUUUAGUCUGUGACCUGAAGCCAGAACCACACUGGUGUCCGAGGCUCCUCUCAGCAGUUAGGUCAUCUGUGUAUGUACCGGUUGAUACUUGUCAAUCAGUGUAUGUGAAUGUACAAAUGUUUUUUUGUUUGUUUGUUUGUUUGUUUGUCUAUUUGAGUUUUGCAAAUCAAAUGGGGCUCAGUUGAACUGAGCUCCAUAGAUAGUUACAGUAGCUAGUCAAAAGUGAACAUGUCCAUUCUUCCGUCCGGGCCCCAGGCCAUCCAACUCCUUCCUAAACAUUAUUUAAUCUGUUACCAAAUCACUCUCUGCUAUAGGAGAGUGUGUAUAGUCUGUAUUGUGGCUGUCACUGGUGUGACUCCGCUCCUCAUACGAACUACCAGUUAGUGGAGACCAGACAAGAGCCCCUGUCCAACGGAGGACCAGGGCCGUUGGUGGCUGUAGGCUAAAACUCUCCAUUAUAUAACCACUGUUUGUAUCUCUUUGGGGAUUUGAUCAAAUUUGUGUGUACCUUGCAUGCAUGCUAUCACACAUCAGAAGUGUUCUAAGGGUCCAUCUUUGAUUUUUUCAAGUGCCAAUGAGUCAUGCCAGCUCCAGUUGGCCAGUUGAGAUGCUAGCUGAUGGGAGUUCCUUUACCCAACCACCACCGAUGUCUUCGCACAGACAAUAAGAAGCCUGCGUGGGUCUAGUUUGACUAAGUGCCAAAAGAUCCUGUCGUUUUAAAUUAUUCACGAGAUGUGUCACAAUCGGUUUAUGCUUUACAGAGGGGGCAAAGCCCUCGAAUUUGAAGUGGCGAGUCUGUCGAGGUGAAAGCUCACAUAACUGGAAAGACAAGAGGCGAGUUUGAAUCUCACAAAUGGUACGAAACAUAAGCGGACCCUGGAGGGAACGGCUCUGUCAAACAGUCAUGUAUCUGGGAGUGCUGAAGUCACUUGUUCCUCUCGUGGCAAGAGGAAUUCAAGACAGUCGAUGCGGACAAACACAUAGACAUAAAACAGAGGUCUUACGUUAUGUGGCUGCGAAUUACUAAGCCUCUCCUGAGUAAAACCAAACAGUCACAAGCUAAGAGGUUGAUGUAACUUUACCUUCCAACCUCAUAGCUGGAUGACCACAAACUGUAGAUUCCAUCCUCUGGAUAGGUGAUUUCAUUUUCUUCAGAGAUAUAUGUUUGCUUGUUGUUUACAUCAAGUACUUGAAAAUAUGUAGUACUAAAGGUUUGUACAGUAUACUGCAAGUGUGUGUGCUGAGAGCAUGACAAACACCAGUAGUGGGUGAAAGGUGCUUCUUUUCUCUGUGGCCUUAGAUACCCACCUGCUCAGUGCUCCUGAUCUUAUUAGUCUAGACUCCGGCAAUGUCCUUUCAAUGCUUUUGAGCCCAAUUGUUUUACAUUGAUACCUGACCCCUAGCUCUCUGCCGAAAACUGUCUUAGUGAGAUAAAGUCAAGGGAAAGGUGAAGAGGGUACGGCCUGGCGCAGGCAGACAUUGCCUCACACAGCACUCGGCUCGUCUGAGCUGUUUGAAGAGAAGGGUUGAGAAAUGAGAGAGAGAGAGAAAGAUAGAAAGAGAGAGAGAGAAGCCCUUUAGCUCUAGUUUCCUGCUCAGGCUUUGAAGCUGCUCUUUGAUCUGAGCCAGUUGUGUGCACAGUGUGAUCAGGAGAUAGAAAAAAAAAAACAUCAAACUAACAGGCAAAGAGAAAUGUAGGGCGAGCUGAUGAUUGACAUGCUGUUACUGUGUCCAACCAGUGGGGGCAGACGUGGAGAAGGGUGGCGGUGAUGCAUGCCCUCCUGUGAAAAGCACCUUCAUCCACCCUGGCUCCCGCAUCCUGUUACAGGCAUCUAUAGGUACACAGUGACACGUAUAUACACACACAAACGAAAAGCUUCUUCCUUUGGAUUAAGGUGUCUUCCCAAAUCAGCAAAUAGAAUUGUAUCCUGCUCAUACCUCACAUUGCUUGUCUGGAGUAAUGCUUUUUAUGAUUUUUAACAGGACCUAAAUGCCUUUUGCUUUUCCAAGGGACAAAAUCUGUUCUCCAGAGUCCUCACACCUUUUAGAUGAGCUCCCUUGUAUUCAGAAUUGUGAUUAAUGCAAUCAGAGGGACACAAAUUGGUCGAAGCAGAGUGGCUUUGAUUUUUCUCUCAGAGAUCAUUGUAAUCAGCAUGGUUCCUUUGUCUUGUUUUUGAGUUUUUGCAUGCAUAUUAAUCCCUGCUUUCGUUCAGCUUGGUGGUCCAUAUCGAUCCGUACCAAUCAUUAGUCUGACUGCGAUCCCUCCUGAUGGCCCAUUUGUCCAUGUCUUAAAUCACAGCUGACUGCACCUUUUUUUUGUGAAAGAGAUUUUUUGAUGACUGAAAAUUUUUCUUCCUUUCAUGCUGUACACAUUUAUUUUAUUUUAUUUUUUAUUUUUUGGACAAUUGUGUUCAGUUCAAACUGAGAACAAGAACGUUUAUGUUUACUCUUUCUGCAGCGCAGAAUUUCAUUCGACAGCCAGUUGUGUGAGAUACGGAUCGAUCGUCAUAAACGCAACUUAUUUGCAGCUCAAGCUGACUGAGGAUGCUUUGUGCACUUUUUUUUUUUUUUUUUUUUUUUUUUUUUUUUUGCUCUCGGUACAACAUGUGGCCGAAGAGACAGUGUUGUGGCUUGACUGGCACGUGUCAUUCCUUACACAAAACAUUUACUCAUCAAUUUCUUGUUUGCUUGUUGGCCUCAGAUGGAGGAGGAAUUGAAAACCAGUAUUACUCUCAAGUCAAAAUAUCAAGUAUAAAACGAUUAUCCUUCCAUUUUAAACACAUUGUAAACAAACCCUUUGUAGACACUGGAAUUCUGUAAAAUAGUAAUUACUGACGGUGAUGAUGACGAUGAUGAAGAUGAUGAUGAUGAUGAUGAUGACGAUGAUAAUGAUAAUAAUAAUGGCUGUCUGUUCUUGUUGUUUUAUAAAAGUGUUGUGAAAAUUGUAAGAAAGUUAAAGUAUUUAAAAAAGGUUGUUCUUGUUUUUUUUAUUUGCUUUGGUUUUGUUAUGAUAAUAUAUUAUUGUGUACCUAUUGUAAAUAUGAAGCACACCUAUUUUGCAAGCCAAGGAUUCACUUUGUACUGUUGUUAUAUAUAAAUAAACUUUGCUGGUU